AUGGUGCAGUUUGCGCCGUUUGUGCUCCUGGCUACGGCUGCCAGCUUGGUCGCCGGUGCACCUGCCCCGAUUCCUGAUGUCGAGGCGAGCACACCGGCGGCCGGCAGCGGCUCCGCGGCCGCCUAUACCGACGCCGUCCUCGAUCUGCAGCGCAAUGGCCGCAAGCAGCUGGAUGAGGCCCUCGCCAAGUCGACGACUUGCACCAAGGACAAGCUGGCGAUCCGGCGCGAGUACGGCGACCUGACCAAGGAGGAACGCAAGAGCUAUGUCGAUGCGAUGCUGUGCCUGAUGAGCAAGCCGCCCAAGCUGACGCAGUUCCCCGGCGUCACGAACCGGUACGAGGACUUUGUUGCGGUGCACGUCAACCAGACACUGUCCAUCCACGGCACGGGCAAUUUCCUGUCGUGGCACCGAUACUACACAUGGGCAUUUGAAAAGGCCUUGCAAACUGAAUGCGGAUACAAUGGGACUCAGCCGUACUGGGACUGGGGCCGCUGGGCCAAGGAUCCCCUGUCGUCGCCCAUCUUUGACGGCAGCGACACGAGCCUGAGCGGCAACGGCCAGAAGAUCGCGCAGCACAAGGGCCAGAGUUUCGGCCCGGCCGGUGACGGUGGUGGUUGUGUCACAUCGGGCCCCUUUAAGAACAUGUCGAUCCACCUGGGCCCCUUUGCCGCCGAGACGGACCCGACGCCGGCCCGCAACCCGCAGGCCGACGGCAUGGGCAAGAACACGCGCUGCCUGCGCCGCGACAUGUCCAACUACCUGACAUCGCAUUACGGGCGCACCGAGGACAUUGCGGCGCUCAUCACCAACAGCAAGACCAUUGGCCCCUUCCAGGACACGAUGCAGAGCACGAGCCCGACGGGCGGCAUGGGCGUCCACGGCGUGGGCCAUUUUACGAUUGCAGGCGAUCCGGGUGCCGACUUCUACCAGUCGCCCAACGAUCCGGGCUUCUGGGUGCACCAUGGCAUGAUUGACCGGACGUGGAGCAUCUGGCAGACGCAGCAGCUGGCGAACCGGACGAACGUGAUUGCGGGCGGGACGUCGUUGCUCGGCUUUGGCCGGCUGCAGUCGCUGGACGACAUCAUUGACCUGGGCGUCGCCGGCGUGGACGGCAAGACGUACAAGAUUCGGGAGCUGACGAGCACGGUCGAUGGGCCGUUCUGCUACACCUAUGAGUAG